UAGGGGGCGGUGUCCAAGAGCCAGCAGAUCCGAUUGCGGAAGUGAUGCUGCCAUUAUGGUCCUCAAGCUAAAGGUCCACGUACAGUAGAAUUUCAACCAAAGGAUAGACGCCGGGUAGUUGUAGUGCCUCGCUGAAAUUGACACAUCCUUGCAGUUUAAAGACAAAAAGGGCGGAUAUACGGUUGUAAGUGCAGUUGUAUCCAAUUCCCAAGCCUCUCUCUGUCUCUCUCUCUUAGUCUCUCUCUCAGCCUCUGUCCCUCUCGCACACAUACAGAGCUAUGUCGCCAUCAGUGCGUCUGCAGGAGAUGAUCCGGGUGAUCCGAGGAGCUCGGACACAGGGAGAGGAGCGGGGCGUGAUACAGAGAGAGUGUGCCGCCAUCCGAGCGCAGUUUAGACAAGCUGACAAUGGGGGUCGCUCUCACAACCUCGCAAAACUCCUGUACGUGCACAUGCUGGGAUACCCAGCCCACUUUGGUCAGAUGGAGUGUGUCCGCUUGAUUGCCAGUCCCCGCUAUAAUGAGAAGCGUGUGGGCUACCUGGGUGCUAUGAUGCUCCUUGAUGAGAAGCAGGACGCAAGUCUGCUAAUCACAAACUCCAUUAAGAAUGACCUGUCCCACAGCAGCCAGUAUGUCCAGUCCCUGGCCCUGUGCACGCUGGCCUGUAUGGGCUCAGCUGAGAUGUGUCGAGACCUGGCCCCGGAGAUCGACCGGCUCCUCAGAGCCUCCAACUCCUACAUCAAGAAGAAGGCGGCUCUUUGUGCUGUUCACAUAGUGAGGAAAGUACCAGAACUAGGAGAGCUGUUCACUCCCGCCGCGCGAUCCCUGCUGUCGGAGAAGAACCAUGGUCAGUACCUCUGUCUUUAUCUCCCACCCCCGGCAUCCCUGCGCUCAGCAUGCUGUCCGGCUCUCAUGGUUGUUUCAUGUGUAGGUGUGUUGCACGGAGCUGUGAUCCUGAUCACGGAGUUGUGUGAACGGAACCCAGAGACCCUGGAGCAGUUCCGGAAGGUGGUACCAGAGUUGGUUCAGAUCAUGAAAGGCCUGGUGAUGUCGGGAUACUCUCCAGAACACAACGUUGCUGGGAUCAGUGACCCUUUCCUGCAGGUGCGCAUUCUGAGACUGCUGAGGAUCCUGGGUCGAAAUAAUGACCUGGCUAGUGAUGCCAUGAACGACCUCCUGGCCCAGGUGGCCACUAACACAGACAGCAGUAAGACUGCAGGCAGUGCUGUGCUGUAUGAAACUGUCCUCACAGUCAUGGAUAUCAAGUCUGAAAGUGGCCUUAGGGUUCUAGCUGUCAACAUUCUGGGGCGGUUUCUCUUGAAUAACGACAGGAACAUUCGAUACAUUUCCAUGACCUCACUCCAGAAGAUAGUGCAGACGGACCACAAUGCAGUUCAGCGCCACAGAGGGACUAUAGUGGAUUGUCUGAAGGACCAGGAUGCUUCUGUGAAACGCCGGGCGUUGGAGCUAUCUCUAGCCCUGGUGUCAGCUGUCAACAUCCGCUCUUUGAUGAAGGAGCUGCUCCUCUUCCUCUCUAGCUGUCCCCCUGAGCUCAGAGCCCACACCGCCUCAGGCAUCUUCAAUGCUGCUGAGAGGUAUGCCCCCUCCCAGCGCUGGCACAUUGACACCAUCCUGCAUGUCCUCACCACGGCAGGGGGUGACGUAAGGGACGAGACAGUUCCCAAUCUGAUCCAGCUAAUCACCACGGCUACCGAGCUCCACUGCUACACUGUUCACAAGCUGUACCGGGCUCUCAUCACAGAUAUCUCACAGCAAUCCCUGGUGCAGGUGGCGUGUUGGUGCAUUGGAGAGUAUGGAGACUUGCUUUUAAGAGGGGAGUGUGAAGAAACAGAACCAGUUCAGGUGACAGAGGAUGAUGUCCUGGACGCCUUGGAAACGGUACUACAGUCGCACAUGUCGGCCGCGGCAACCAGGGGCUUCGCUCUGACCGCGACUAUGAAACUAAGCACACGCAUCACACAGAACGUUGAUCGGAUCAGGAGCAUUGUCAGCAUAUAUGGAAGCUGUAUAGACGUGGAGCUCCAGCAGAGGGCAGUAGAGUACAAUGCUCUGUUCAAGAAAUACGACCAUAUGAGGGCAGCUGUCUUGGAGAGGAUGCCAGUGAUUGACAAGAACUCACCGGGUCAUACCAACGGAGAGUCAACCGAGGGGACCAUGAAAGAGAGAGAGUCGAUCAAACUCAAGCAGGGGGAAGCAGUGUUGAUUCAGGAGCCGACCAACCAGGUGUGUGAUUUGCUGGACUUGCUGGGUGGUACUGACACCCUUCCCCAGACCAGUCCAGCACUGUCCAGUACUGCACCAGACUCGGUCAACAACAGUGCUGGCGUUGGGGGAGAUUUAUUGGACCUGCUGGGAGGACUGGACCUGAUGAAUGACAAACUGGACCCAGCACCAGCGCCUAGUGUCACAGUGUACGAUAAGAAUGGUGUGACCCUGAAACUACAGUGUGACAAACCGACAGGCACAGGACUGACUGUGACCCUCACUGCCACCAAUGCCACUGACAAUGACAUCUCUAGCUUCAGCCUACAGGCAGCCGUGCCCAAGAGUGUCCAAUUACAGAUGAAGGCUCCCAGCGGGGACGCCCUCCCUGCUCGAGGCUCUGGACAGGUCACUCAGACUGUGCUUCUCAACAACCCUAACAAGGUCAGUCUAAAGAUGAGGGUCCGUGUGUCCUACACUUGUCAAGGCUCCGUCUUUCAAGACACAGUGCAGAUUGACUCCUUCCCCGGUCCUGCCUGGAAUUGACAGCUGUCAAUCAACUGUGACAUAAUAGCAUGUCAAAUGAUCGUCCACCGGCUUGGUAUCUGACAGAUAUCAGUCAUUGACAGGG